AUGAGUAUAGUACAAAUUAGUGCACAAUAAACCCAGAAUAAUUUUAGAUGGUUAAUCUAAAAGCUAAUAAUGAAAAUGAAUCGAGACUCAGAUAGGAACUCUGAAGAAGCUGCCUAUCGUAUUAAUAGAGGAGCUUUGACAUGUUUUACGACUUUAUGCAACACCUUAAGCAUAAAUAAUCGAGUGAUGUAUAUUUUGAUAUUCUAAAUAGUGAAGUUAAUUUAUCUGGGUGUAAUAUUAAUGUUUACUAUGCUAUUGAAAUUAGUGGUUUGAUACAAAAAAACAAGAAUAUUUAGAUUUUAAACUUGGGUGACUGUAAAAUAAAUUCAUUUGGUUUGAGUUGUAUAUUUAAAGCUGUAAAAUUUCUUCAUUAUCCCAGAUGAUUGAUCACACAGGUCUUAAAAUUUUGAAUCUAUUCAACAAUUAAGCAUUUACAACAUAAGUUGUAUAAGAUUUUUGUAGAUAUGUAUUAGGAGGUAAAAACUUCUUAUAAGAAAUAAAUCUAUCUCAUUGCAAUAUUGAGAACUCAUUAUUAGCUUAGAUUAUGGAUAAAACUCAUAAUUUAAGUUCAUUAAGGUAGUGAAUAAUUAAUAAUAGAAAGAAGAUUGAAAUUAUCUUUGAUGAAUUUGAAUUAUGAAGGAAUAAUUGCAUUAUCUAGUAUGAUGUUGAAUUAUACAGGAAAAUUGAGUUUAGAUUAUUUAGAUAUAUCUUACAAUUAAAUAAAAAAUGAUGGUAUUGCAUUAUUGGCAAGAGCAUUAUUCAUGUCAGUCAGACUCAUUAAAAUUAAAUCCCUUAAUUUAAAUGGAAAUCAAAUUACUUAAACAGAUUAAUUAGAAUAAAUAAUUCUUAAAAUUUAAUUAGAAGAAUUAUACUUAUCUCAUAAUAAAAUUAUAGAAUUUUAAAAUUAACAUGUUCUAACAUUAAAAUUGUUAAAAAUUGAUUUAUCUCACAAUAGAAUUGAAGAAAUACCAAAUAAUUUCUUCUUAAAUGUAAUUUAUUUAAAUUUAUCUAAUAAUUUGAUUGACACUGAAGGUGCAUAUCAAAUAAGUUAAGUACUAUGUUGCAAUAUUGUUUAAUGGGCCUAUUUGGAUUUAAGUAAUAACAAAAUUAAAACUAAGGGUUUUAUAUCAAUAGUUUAUGCAUUGAUUGAGAACUUUUCUCUGAUUAGUUUAUCUGUAUCUAAAAAUCAAAUAGAUGGAGAGGGUAUCUUAGUUUAUGUGUUUAAUCAUGAAUAAAUAAGAUUAUAAUAUUUAGAUGUUUCAUUAAAUCAAUUAAGAUAUGAUAUUGUAUAUACAUUGAUUUCAAUGAUGAAAGAGUCAAAAUUAAAGACUCUUUUAUUAUCUUAAUUAAUAAAUGAUGAUAAUGAAAUAUAGAGUGGUAAAUAGGAUUGUUUUGAGAUUAAAUGUACAAAUUUAAGAGAAUUAGAUUUUAGUUAUAAUCCUCAUAUAAUGUAUCCAGUUCUAGAAUCAUUAAGUAAAUAAUAUAAUAGACUUGAAUAUUUAAAUCUAAAUUAAUGUCAACUUAAUGAACCAAUAUUAAUUGAGAGAUUAAGUUAAUUGAUAGAAAAAACUUAUACUUUAACAACAUUAUUAAUUGCACAUAAUAACUUAGGUGAUUUAAAUGUAUCUUCUUUUGAAUUUUUAAACAGUGCUUUAUCUAAAAAUUCAACAUUAAUUAAUUUAGAUAUUUCAAACAAUAAAUUAAAAAAUGCCAUUUUAUUUCUUGUUAAUGGUUUAUCAAAUUGUUGUUCUUUGAAAGUAUUGAAUAUUAGCAAUAAUUUAAUUGAUGAAAAUGAAGUGAUAAUUAGAAAAUUACCACUUCUAUUUAAAAAUAGAAAUUUAUAAUGUGUAGAUAUGUCAAAAAAUUGGAUACAUGGUUAAACUCUUUUUAAUAUUAAAGCUUAUAUAUAAAAAAUGCAUUUAUCAUUUCCAUAAUUGUUAUUAUCUAAUCUCAAACUUACAGCUGAUGAUUUAUUAAUAAUAUCUGAUAUUAUCUCAGAUAUCUAUUCAUUUAAAAUGCUUGACAUUAGUAUGAAUUAAUCAAUAGAUUAUAUGAAUAAUUUUACUGCUUUAUCUGAUAAUUAAACAAUUAGUUCAUUAACAAUAAAUAAAAUGUAAUGUCGAUUAGAAUCCUAUUAAAAUUUACAAUAAGUUUUAAAAAAAAACAAACACACUUUAAAACUCAUUGAAAUUUCCAAUACUUUAAUAUCACAUAAUUAUUUAUACACUUUAUUAUAAGGAAUGAAAUAUACAAAAUGUUUAACCUCUUUAAUUUUAGAAUAUUAAGUAAUUGAAAGUAAUGUUCUUCUAAAUGCAUUUCAUGAAUUAGUUUAAAUUAAAACAUUAAAAAAUCUUGAAUAUCUAAUUAUACAAAAAUCUACUUUAUCAAUAGAAUUUUUCUAAAUUUUGAAGGAAAUCUUAAGAUAAUCCAAUAAAUUAAUAGAAUUGGAUGUAAGUGAAAAUAGAAUUAAUAAACAUAAAUUUUAAAUCUUAUGUUAAGGUAUUACAUUAAAUAAUAGUUUAUAAAUACUUAACAUUGCAAAUAUCAAAUUGAAUGAUGAAAAAUGUUAAAUGUUAAUUUAAUCUUUACUCAAUAAUAAAACUAUCAAAUAUAUAGAUCUAUCAAGAAACAAUAUUACUUAAUAAAGUUAUUAUUAUUUCUUUACUGUAUUCAAAAAUAACAUUACACAAAUUGAAAAACUUAAAUUCUCUAAAACAAAGAAGAAAGCUUAAAUCAAAAUUUAUCCUGAUUAUAAAUUUGAUUUUCUAAUAAAUUUUAAUUAGUAAGAACCAAAUACAUUAUUGUUCUUUAAUUUAACUACACUUGAUUUAUCAAGAGUAAAAUAUCAACAAGCUAAUCUAGAAUUGAUUAUUCAGAGAAUUAAACCAAAUUCUAUAUUAUAAAAUGUUACAAAGCUUAUGUUUAAUGAAUGUUAAUUUUAAGAUUUUCAUUGUGAAUAACUUCAAUAAUUACUUUUGAAUUAAAUAAAACUAAAAGAAUUAUCUUUAGAUAAAAAUAAUAUAACAUCAGAAGGAUUUUAUAAAUUAUUUAAUAUUAUAUUAUUAAAUAAAAGUCAUUUAGAAAAAUUAACAAUAUCCAAGUAUAAAUAUUAUUAAAUGUUAUAGCAAUUUAAUAGAAAAUACAAUUUUGUAGUCGAAUUGUGAUUAAAAAUUAUCUUAUUUUAAAUUACUUAUUAUUGAUAAUAAUAAAGCACUUGGAACUUAAGAUCUAUUGCAAUUUUUAAAAAAUAACAAAGGUUUAUAUAUCUAUAAUACAUGGACUUAAAUAUCAGAGGAAUUAGCUAUCUAAAUAAUAGAAUCGUAUAUACUUUAUAGUGUGAAUUAUCAUAUAAAGAAUACACCAGAUUAUCUGAAAAAUUUAAUAAUAAGAGAUUCUAAUUUAACAGAUAAUUUUCUUAUUUGGUUUGGUACUAAAUAUUUUAAUUUUUAAUAAUUGGAAUGUAUUGAUUUUUCUGGUAGUACUAAAUUUAGUACAAGUGUUGGGAAAAUGCAUAUGUACAUUAGCAUGAUCAAUGAAUAAUUUAUGGAAUAUAAUCUAAUUUGUGGGAAGAUAGAUAAUUAAUAAAGGAUUAUUAAUAUAUUUGAUGAUGGAAUAUUGUAUUAUUUAUUGAUUAAGCUUAAAAUGUAUAUAUUAAAACGGAAUAACAGUGUGAAAUGGAUAAUUUAAAUAAUUAAUAAAAAACUCUAUUAAUAUACAGAUUUUAAAUUAAGUAGUUCACUCUAUAAAUUUUUAAGGUAAAACAAAGUUUGUAUUCGAUCCUAUUGUGUAAUUUAGAUAAUUUUUGUACCAAUAUAGGCAAUAUUAAGUGUGAUUAUAGCAUUUUAUUAUGAUUACAAUGUAGAUCCAAGAGAACUAAAAAAUGAUUGUAAAAAUUAAGAUCCUUGUUAUUUUUCUACUUAUAAUGAAUAUGCAAUAUUAAUAAGCUUGAUAUAUUUUCUUUUGGUUCUUUAUAUAUAAGUAUUGAAUUUAUAUGUGGCAGUGAAAAUAAGAGUAAAAGCAGUACCAGAUUAUUGUAUAAGAACAUUUGAAGAAAAGAAGUUUUAAAUUUAUAAUUAUCCUCAUAGAUAGGAAUUAUUUUAGUUUUUUAUUCUAUUAUUUAUAUAAGCAGAUUAUUAUUUUGAAUUUUAGGUGAUUGGACUUUGUGGUAGUUUUAUUGAUUAUUUAUAAGACAAAAACUUAAUGAAAGAAUUGUAAUAUAAAUUUUUUGUUUAACUUUUUGUCUUAUCUUCAGUUGCUAUAACAAAAUUCAUGAUUGUAAUAUACACAAAUUAUAUAAAUAUGUAUAAUUUAUUGAAAAAUUUGGAUGCUGAUUAAGCAACAUUAUUUUCAUAUAUUUGGAAAAUGAGUGAAAAUAAUUAUGUUUUAGAAAAUAUUCUAAGAUAAUAUUGUCCAUAAAUUGGAAUUCAAGUGAAAAAUCAUCUUUUAAAUAGUAGAUAAAUAUAAGAAUUAAUUUAAGCAUUAUUAAUUGAUUUGCCAUCAUUCAUAUGUAUUGGAACAUUUUAUUCCCUUGCUAGAGAAUAUUAUGAAUCAUAAUUUACAUCUCAUAUUAUCCCUUCUGCAUAUUUCAUAUUUAUGAUUGCAAAUUUGAGACUUGUUGUUGGAUUUUUCUUUCAUUUAAAUAUUGCACUUACAACAAGACCUCCUUAAGUAAAUGGGUUUGAUUUAAAUUAAACUCUAUUACAAAGAAAAUAUUAAUCAUUCUAGAAAGAAUGUGAAAAAUAGCCAUAUGGAUCCUAUGAACCACAAGAAGAUACAAAAUUAAUGAGUACAUUAAUGAAAUACAGAAGUGAAAAAUAAAUUAUUGUAGCAUUAAAUAAAAAAGAAAAUUGA